AUGUCCCCACAAGCAGUCUUUCCGUAGCAUCAUCCCAGCCCCAUUGGUUUCAUGGUCCUUUUCUGUCUUUUGCAGAAUCCCACAACCUCAGAGGGCCUCCUCUUCUGACUCAGAAGGCAGUUCUGUGGAGUAUGACGUGUACAAACUUGGAUGUUUUCCGACAAGGAAGGACUUGCAUGGCUUGUGUAAGAAGUUCUCCCAUUACUCCUGGGCAGCAAAGCUCUGCACGGCAGAUACUGUAGCAAGGAUGCACAUGGAGGCCAUGUUAGAUAAUUUCUUCAGAUCUUCGGAAACGGUCUGUGAUGAGCUCAUGUACGCAGUCUUGGUGUCACCCGAUUGCAAUGUACCUCACUGCAUGUAUCAAUUCAUGCGCCAUGCCAAUGGAGGCUCUGUGGUAGAGGACAGUGAGGAACAACGUUUGGCCAAGGUGAAGGCGGUCAGAGCGAUUGGUGCCGUGGUCAGACAUCUCAGCGACCUCCAGACUUUGACUACUGCUUUCCCAUUUUACCUGACCACACUAACAAACAUCCUGGUCAGCCAGUCCCAGCCUUUGAAGGCGGGGACCGGCAGCCAGUUUAAAAAAUACGUGGCCCCAGGAGAAGUAAUUGAUAUCCUUGGAGUUUUGCUCCAGAGGCUGGACCUGGUCCAACAGAUGACGGACAAGGUCUGCCCUCUAUGAACGCCCUUUCGCAUGACUCUCAAAGGUGCUAUAAUAUCUUUCGACAUACGGAUUCGACAGGCGAAUAUGGCCAUAUCUUUGAAUUCCACCAUUAUUUUAUAUUAGUAUAUUAUAUUACUAUUUUAACAUUUUGUAGCGCUAUGUUUUGUCGUUUGCUUUUUAUUGUAUGUGUUUCUAUUGUAUAUGUUCUGACCACCCUUUGGUGG